ACAGCAGACUGUGUUUAUCAUGUUUACGGGCCACCCAGGGCUCAGUUCACAUUCAACAUCGCUUGCAUGCGAGAAAAGUGCUUAGUCAUAUUGACAUAUUGUGCACCCCGCUUUGGUUCGUUUCAAUUAUCGUUUCAAUCACAAUUGAAUUGGAAUUGUUACACUGGACUGGUCUGGUACACAGCUUAACGCCACGCACGAACUCAUCUCUAGCUCAACUGCAUGCACUAGCUGUUAUAAAUCUAGGCCAGGUGUACGUGUUUACCACUACUACCAAGCUGAAGUGAAGGAGCCUAUUCAAUUUCAAGGUUUGAUUUCGCAUCCCGAGUUUCAAAGCCAGACGAGGACCACGAUAACGAUACCAUUUUUGUUCAGAGCAGGAAGAGAUCGACAUGGCAACCGCAAGCGGACUGAAAGUUGUAUUGUUCUUGGGAACAUGCAGAGAAGGGAGGAUAGGUAUUCGAGUGGCAAACUUUUUGAUCAACCAACUGAAAGCAAGAGGACAUGAGGUCGAUUUUCUGGAUGCACAGGAAAUGAAUCUUCCUAUCCUCACCAAACCCAUUCACUUCUACAAAGACCAAUUGGAAGCCCCUACUAUCCUGCAGACAGCCAAGGCAAAGAUCGUCGCUGCAGACUGCUACGUGGUUGUCUCUGGGGAGUACAACCACUCUAUCCCACCAGGUCUCAGCAACCUCUUUGACUACUUCCCUGCGUCCAUCUUCAGCUACAAGCCUUCGGGAAUCGUCUGCUAUUCCCCAGGUCAAUAUGGUGGUAUGCGCAGCGCCAUGCAGCUGAGAGCAUUCCUGGGCGAGAUGGGGUGCAUCAGUGUCUCCAACAUCUUCGGCAUUCCCAAGGUUCAUGAGGCUAUCAGCGAAGAGGGGAAACCCCAGAAUGAGCACAUGGAGAAGGGGGCUGGGAAGCUACUCGUUCAGCUGGAGUGGAUGGCACAAGCAAUGAAGGCCCAACGUGAGAAGGCUGGCACCCCAUGAGCCAUGCUGCCUCUGCUUAUUCACUGCAUUUAACCUGGUUGGUUGUAUUCUGGAAAGGAAAAUUGUUUGGUUGUACAACACAUGCUCCGGCGACAAUAGCUCCCCAGUCAAUUUCCCAGACUAAUCAAAUUCAUUACUGCAGCCCUGGACCAAGCACUAUACCUAAUCCUGGCCUAGUCCUAUAUCCAACUCAAACCCAAUCAGAACCCUGACCUGACCCCAUAUCUUUGAUGAAGUUAAGCAUGGAGCAAUUGUCGCUGGAGCAAAUGUCAGAACAACAAUU